AUGCUUUGUUUUAUCGCGACGUUCACGUCCGCAACGCAGGGAUAUGAUGCUUCCAUGAUGAAUGGCCUCCAAAUCCUUCCAUCGUACACAGAAUAUUUCCAAUUGACUACAGCCACCACAUCUCUCAACGUUGCUAUCGUCUUUCUCGGCAGUGUGAUUGCAACGGUCUUCGCAGGAUGGUGGUCUGACCGCUGGGGACGGAAAUGGGGAAUUGCCUUGACUUCCCUUCUGGCGAUGUCCGGUGCAGCCAUCCAAGCCGCCGCAGUGCACGAGGCAAUGUUUUGCAUCGGUCGCCUAAUUGUUGGCAUGUCAAUCACCACUUGCGCCACUGCUGCCCCGGCCUAUAUUUCUGAGACUGCUCAUCCUCGCCACCGAGUCAUGCUCACCAGUAUAUGUGGUGCUGCUUGGUACGUGGGCAGCGUCAUGGCGGCAGCGAUUACCUACGGCACUCAGUAUAUUGAUAAUACCUGGACCUGGAGAUGUCCAUCUCUGCUCCAGUUUCUGCCCUCUAUUUGCUGCCUUCUUCCACUUCCUUUCAUUCCCGAGAGUCCUCGGUGGUUGAUUUACAAGGACCGAUACGAGGAGGCCCGCGCAGUUCUGGUGAAGUACCAUGGAGCUGGAGAUCCGUCGGCACCAAUCGUGAGCGUCGAGUAUGAAGAGAUUCAGGAGACAUUGCGAUAUGAGAAAUCUGUACAGAAGACAGACUUCAAGGCACUGGUGUCGACCACAUCGAAUAGGAGACGCCUCUUGAUCGUGGUCCUUGUGGCUGUCUUCUGCCAAAUAUCCGGGAACAAUAUCAUUACCUACUACUUUGGCAGUGUCCUCACCGGUUCUGGAAUUACCUCAGUCCAAACACAGCUAGCUAUCAACAUUGGAUUGAGCAUAUACAACCUCGUUUGCGCCAUAGUGGGUAGCUUUUACGUCGAUAAACUCGGCCGACGACCAUCAUUUCUUAUCUCAACAAUCGGAAUGUCCCUCCUCCUAAUUGCAGUCGCUAUCAUGACGAAAGUAUUCUCAACAAACCCAUCCCCAGGUGGCUCCGCAGGCCAGAUCGUGCUCAUCUUUCUUUUCUAUGGCUGCUACUCCCUCGUUUGGACCCCCCUAUCGUAUCUUUAUCCCAUCGAAGUCCUAUCCUACUCCCUACGCGCCAACGGCCUAGCCUCCUACAACGGCAUCUGCUAUCUAGCGGCUUUCUUCAAUACGCAUGUUAUCCCUUACGCGAUGGAUUGGUCCAGCUGGGCCUUUUAUUUGAUCACGGCAUUGUGGUGCCUUGUAGAGGCGGUGGUGAUCUGGUUCUUGUUUCCCGAGACGAAGAACAUGACGCUCGAGGAGAUCAGUGCGGUGUUUGAUGAGCGCAUGGAAGGCGAAGAUACUGACAAAGGGAAGGCGAGUGGAGUUGAGAUCGUGCAGUGA